GAUGUUAUGACUGUGAUGGCGUGACGUCAGUGAAUGAUUGCAACGCAACGAGGUACUGUCCAAGUCUAGACCAUAAAUGCGUUAUAUCCGAAUCAUAUGGAGCAGACUUCUCUCUUGUAUACAAACUUGGAUGUGCAGCAUCUGACGUGUGUAGAAAUAAUUUUGGAUACGACACUUCUCUGGUAGUGAUAGGACGUGAAGAACCAGACAAAAGAGCGACACUGAACGGCAAGUGCUGCGACACGGAUUUGUGCAACACUCACAUGCAAAAGAGGGACACAAAAACACGUCGACAAAUUGCUACAAACAAUGCGAGUUCGAUAUGCACUGAUAUAGACUCUGCAGCGUGUCUAAGACUCAGUAAAAUCAAACAGGGUAUGUGUAAUGACCCUUGUAUGGCCAAAGCCUGUGCAAGAACCUGUGGAAACUGCGUUGGCUGUUAUUCGUGUAGUCACGUGACUAAGACAGAGACGUGCAACAACAUGGUCGGCUGUCUUCCAGGAGAGAAAUGCUACACUCUGGAAACUCUAACUUCCGCCGGAGAACAUGGAUAUAAACUCGGAUGUGUUCACGAAAAUGUGUGUUCGAGUUUCCAUAACCAGGCUGGUCAUAUAUUUGGUCGGCGGAGUGAUCCGCUGGAGUUGUCCCUGAAUGGCGACUGUUGUGAGGGGCCUCUGUGUAACCACCACGCUCUGGUCCACCCCACACCAGCCACCGGCUUAUCAGGUUGUUUGUAUCUGUCGGAGGACCACCACUGUCCAGUGGGUUUUGAGCUCAAUGCUGGACGAUGUUACCUGGUGGGGGAUGAGAGGUACAACUUUACAGAGGCUCAGGCUUUCUGUGCGUUCCACUGUUCUAAGUUGGCAGAGGAUUUAACAGUUCAUGACGUAAUGGAUCUCCGAGGUGUCGUUGACGAUAAUUAUGUUCUCAUCGGAGCUGUUGAUCCAAACCACACCGGAAACUUUGUUUGGAAGACGUCUGGUCGCCCGGUUCCCCAAGUGACUCACAAUGGAGAUCGUUAUUCGGAUAACACAUGCGCAACACUGCAUUUUUCAAGACGUGAUAACCCAAUCGUGUUUAGUUCAUAUUGCCACUACCAUUAUAGACCAUUGUGUCAAGCUGUUAUGAAAUAAAGAGAUGGGAUAUAUAUGUCUCGAUAAGUCAGAAAACAGGAAGACUCUGCAUUUCAGAAAAGUCACUGAUCUUUGGUUCUUUCUUUUGUGUACUAUAUUUGGCUUAAUGUC